CUUCUGUAACUGCGCGUGCGUAGUGCGUAAAACAGCUGUCCGUUGUUUGUAGACUCGAUUGCGAAAGUGAACAUGGCGAUGCUUGCAGAGAAAAGAUCGAAACAAAAAUGGAGCCAUGAUCCGCGAAACACGUCCUGGAGCAAUGAUACCAGCAGGUUUGGCUAUCAGAUGCUGGAAAAGAUGGGUUGGAGGAGUGGCAAGGGUCUUGGAGCUAAGGGACAUGGUGGGACAACCCACGUCAAGGUCUCAAAGAAGAAUAACAGUCUUGGUCUGGGUGCCAAUAAGUACCAUGAAGACAACUGGCUUGCCCACCAAGAUGAGUUCAAUGAACUUCUGGCCAAGCUUAAUAGUGCAUCUGGUAAUGAUACUUCAUCAACAUCAACACAAGAAACAGAAAAGAAGGCCAGAAGCUCUAAGAAGAGAGUCUUUUACAAGCGUUUUGUCAAGAGCAAAGAUCUGUCUGGCUACUCUGACCAAGAUAUGGCAUGCAUUCUCGGACAGAGGAGCAAGUCUGCACCCGCAACUCCUGUUGAGCAGUCCGAGGAGGAGGAUUCUGACGACAGUGCUGCCUCCUGUCCUGAUCCUGUCCAUACCAACCUUGGGGGUGUGACUACAAUCAAGGCAGAACACAGUGUCCAUGAGUACUUUGCCAAGAAAAUGGCUGAGCUCAAGGCCAAGAGGAUGUCUGGGAACAAUGAUGAAAGCUCUGCAAGUCGAGAGACAGACAAGGAUGCUAGUGCUGUUAGUAGUGACGUUAGCGAGGAUGAGUCUUGUCAGGCAGAAAGAAAGAAGAAAAAUAAGAAGAGUAAAAUAAAAAAAAGAGAAAAAGAAGAAAAAUAUGGAUUAUGUAAUCAUGAAUCUCAGAAAGAAAAAGAAAUUUCAAUUUGUAAGGGAAGCGAUCAAGGACUUGUGGAAAAGGAGUUGUUUUCUUUGAAGAAGAAAGGUAAGAAGGCUAAAAAGGCAAAGAAUGUUAAAACAGUUAAAGAAGUAGAUAUGGAUGAUAGCGAUGGAAGUGCUAAUGCGGUUAAAGCAAAAGAACAGACUUCAAGGACAAAGAGAAAAGGCAAAAAGGAGAAAAGGAAACGCAAAACAGAAGUCAUAGAAAUAUCUGAUAAUGAAGCAUCAGACACUGGCAAGGCUAAGGAAACAAAGAUAAAAAAGAAAAAGGAUAAAGAGAGGGUGGAAAGUAUUUUAGAAAUAUCUGACAGUGAGUCAGCAGAAAAUGACGAGAACAAUAGCAAGAAGAAAAAGCCCAAAUCAUCUCUAGGGAGUGACAGUAGUAAAUCAACCAAAAAGGCAAAGAAAAGAGAAAGAAAAGAACAGGGAGGCGUAGCUAAAAAGAAAAAGAGAAAGGACUAGUGCCUGGUUUUUUUUAUAUUUGAAAUAUCACAUCGUUUUCUUUUGUAAAUAAUAGUAAAGUAUUUGGAAUUUGCUGCUAAGCGCCCACUGUAUACCUAGAAAUUAUACUGGACUUUUAAUUA